UGGACAGAGGUGGCACCUGGAUGUGGGCGGUCCACGUUUCCUCACAGCCGGCGGAAGCGGGUGGCGGGAGGGUACCCUGUCAGCGUGGGCCAGUGGCCAUGGCUCGUGUCCCUCAAGUUCUCUGAAUUCCAUCCGUUUAGAAACUUCAGUGAUCAUUACUUUUCUCACUUGUGUGGUGGUAGCCUCGUCCAUCCGAACUGGGUAGUGUCAGCAGCUCAUUGUGUCAGCAACACGACUUACGAAGGACUGGACGACGUUACAAGCUGGAGCGCUGCUCUUGGAGAACACACUUUACUGGAGGAUGAGGAAACAACAGAAAUAUACGAAGUAGAAAAAAUUAUUCCGCAUGCAGUUUUUAUCAAUAGAAAGCCAAUAUCACACGACAUUUGCUUAAUAAAACUGAAGGAGGCUGUACCGAUGUCGAGUUACGCACGGACGGUGUGUCUGGAUGAUGUGGGUGCGGGUGUGAAGGACCACUGUGUGAUCACAGGGUGGGGAGGCAUACAGGAAGAAAUCCGAACAGGCGCAAACAACGUACCCAUGCAAGCGACAAUUCCAAUAAUCAGCACAGAUGUGUGCUGGCAUCGCUAUUACAACAUAUCAGACAGUCACCCAGCUAAGGGGUUCGCGAUUAUAGAUGACGGGGUCCUGUGUGCAGCGGCGGAGGAGGGCGGCCGGGACACUUGCGCGGGCGAUUCCGGAGGACCGAUCCUGUGCUUACAGGAGACCUCGUGGCAUUUGGCGGGAAUUUCGUCGGGAGGGUAUCACUGUGGACAGUACGAGUUCCCUGGCAUUUACACACGGAUAAAUCACUAUAUUGACUGGAUCAAAACCACAAUAGAAGAAAACUGA